AUGACCCCUCCAAAGCCGAAUAAGCCAUUGCUACUCUAUUUAUCGGCUGCACAUGAAUCCCUGAGGUGCAUGCUCGCCCAAGAGGAUAACGGGGUCGAAAGAGCGGUCUAUUACCUAAGCCGUGGAUUGACCGAUACAGAGAUUCGCUAUACCGACAUAGAGAAAAUGUGCCUGUGUUUGUACUUCACAUGUUGCAAACUUUGGUAUUACAUGUUGCCGGUAGUGGUGUAUGUACUAUCCCAGACCGAUAUCAUCAAGUAUAUUCUAUCGAAAACAUACUUAAGAAAUCGGAUUGGGAAGUGGGCGAUUGCGAUGUCCGAGUUUACAUUAGUAUAUGUUCGCCAGAGGGCAGUCAAAGGACAAGUGUUAGUAGAUUUCUUAGUCGAUCAUCCUAGUAUUACCCUCAGGGAGGAAACGAUUAGUUGCUGUGACAUAGCCAUGCGAGAGAUGUGGUUCGAUGGGUCCAGGACUAGCCAGGGGGCAGGCACCGGAGUACACAUUGUCUCGCCCCUGAGGGCAUCUUACCGACUGUCGUUCAAACUCCAAUUCGAAUGUACCAACAACCAGGCAGAAUACGAAGCCCUAAUAUUCGGUCUCGAGAUCUUGGCCGAAGUGGGGGCAAAGGCGAUCAACGUUAGAGGCGAUUCUUUGUUGGUUAUCAAACAAACGACAGGCGAGUUCAAAUGUGAGUCCGAACUAUUAGUAAGGUAUUGCAACAAGGCGAGGCACCUGAUCGAAGGUUUUCAAGAUACAAGGAUAGAAUAUACCGAGAGGGACGAUAAUGGUGUCGCGAAUGAUGUGGCCCAACACGGCAGUUGUUACAAGAUGAACCUCCAGUUCGAGACAAUCGAAAGAGAAACUCCGAAUCUUCACACUGGGGGCAUCACCUUCGAGGAGAAGAGAUUUUCGGCCUACCAACUGAAUAUCACCCAAGAUUGGAGGAUUGAGCUCCUGAACUGGUUUGAAAAACCAGACCUGACAAAUAGAAGAUUGAGAACCUUGGCCCUAAAUUACGUCGUCCUAGCAGGCGAAUUAUACAAAAAGGGCUAG